AUGACUCAGGCUAUCGUGAAGCCUGACAUCACUGGGCACUUUGAACUGAAACAAUACAUGGUGCAGCUGAUCCAGUCCACAGGGCAAUUUGUAGGUCUACCUCAUGAAGACCCACAGAGACAUAUUCAGAAUUUCUUGGAAAUUACGGAUACUUACAACUAUCCAAACGUUUCCAAGGACUAUGUCAGACUGACACUUUUCCCCUUUUCUCUGCUCGGGGAAGCUAAGGAGUGGUUGAAUAAAGAGCCAGCUAAUUCAAUCCGCACGUGGGAUGAUCUGACAGACGAGGUACUGGGUCACACUUUUGUAGAUGGGCUAGAUGAUGCUUCAAAGAUGAAUCUCGAUUCAGCUUGUGGGGGUAGUUGUAUGGCCAAACCGCAAGGUGAUGGUGACUCACGAAAGGCAGUUAAGCAAAAAUCAGCUGGGUUACUUGAGCUUGACGAGGUGUCAGCAAUGAGAGCUGAAAUUGCAAGGCUGUCCAAUCAGAUGACGAGGAUGACAAUGCAGCAGCCACAGCCAAUGCAACAGGUACAACAGAUGACUAUUUGCUGCGAACUGUGUGGUGACAGUCAUACGAGUGAUAUGUGCCCCACAAAUCCAGAAUCCAUCUAUUAUGUAGGGCAGCAAAAUAGAGGCCCACCGAACCAGCAUGCACAAUACGGGAAUUCCUACAAUCCAAAUUGGAGGAAUCAUCCCAACUUCUCAUGGGGUGGAAAUCAGCAGAAUCAGAAUCAGUAUAGGCCCCAAGGGGGUUUUAAUCAGCCUCAGAGACCACCCCAACAAAUGGAAGAGAGCACAAAUGAUUUACUAAAGAAGCUGUUGAUUGACAAUCAGCAACUCAGGACCGACUUCAGAAAUCUUGAGAGGCAGAUGGGGCAGUUAGCAACGAAUCAAAACACUAGACCUACAGGAGCCCUCCCCAGUGAUACAGAAAAGAAUCCGCAAGUGAAUGCAGUUACACUUAGAAACGGGAGGGAACUUGAGGAAGUGCCAAAGAAAAGGAAAGAUAAGCCCGUGCCUGAGGGGGAGUUGAUCCCUAAAGUGACAAAUGAGCCAAAGAAGACUGCUGAAAUUCCAGAGCCAGUGGGGGCCCCAAGGCCACCACCACCUUUUCCCCAGAGAUUGCAGAAAAAGAAUGAUGAUCACAUGUUCGGCAAAUUUCUCUCUAUGUUGAGCCAGGUUCAAUUGAAUAUCCCACUUGUUGAUGUACUCCGUGAAAUUCCAAAGCAAUUGGGUCUUGGAGCUCCGAGGCCAACUACUGUGAUGUUACAGCUGGCUGACAGGUCGAUAGCACACCCUGAGGGGUGA